UGCCACAGAGCGCAUGGUGUUCCCGCAUCGUCCAGAUUUGGUUUCGUUCGCGGCAAGGCGUGCGAGCCCAGCAUCUGCCGGUCCUCCGUCAGCUUAGGGAUUCUAAAAUCGGGUGCCUCGACCCUGCCCCAAGAGCGCACUGCAGACACGCACGGUACUUGCCUUCAAACUCCAACGUCAUCAUGGUUGCUGCCAAUAUGCCGACGGUGGAGGUCAUCGAGCACCAUGUAAUCAGCCCGUAUCCGAGCCAACCGUAUUCCGGCCCCAGGCGGGAGAUUGUGCUCUUGAUCCUCGGCGAGACAGGAGUCGGAAAAUCGACCUUCAUCAACGCCCUGCCCAACUACUGGUUCUUCAAUAGCAUCGACGAGAUCCGAGAAGACCAAAUCAUCAAUCUCAUUCCAACGAGCUUCCACGUAUUUGAGCCCGGGGCCCUCACGAAGGGAAAGCUGAUCGAGUCGGGACAACUCUCGUUCCGAUCCAACGUCCCAGUCCACUUUGACUCAGAUUCCGCAUGGAAGAACGAAGUCCGGGGCCAGGGCCAGUCAUCGACUCAGUCCCCACACACCUACGUGCUCGACACCGAGCUCAGCAACGGAGAGCCUGUGACGGUCAAGUUCAUCGACACUCCUGGCAUGGGCGACACCCGAGGCGUCGAGCAGGACAAGAAAAACAUGGACAACAUCAUCCAGUACAUUGCCAACUACGAGAAAAUCCACGGCAUCCUCAUUCUCCUGAAGCCCAACCAGAGCCGCCUGACAACGUUCUUCCGAUUCUGUGUCAUGGAGCUGCUGCGGAGCUUGCACCGCGAGUGCGUCAAGAACAUGGUCUUCCUCUUCACCAACGCCCAGAGCACCAACUUCCGCCCUGGAGACACCAUGGGCUCCCUCUUGCCCCUCCUUGAGCAGGUAUCCAAGGAUUCUGGAGUCAAAAUCUCCAUCACCCGUGACAGCGUGUUCAUGGUCGACAAUGAAGCCUAUCGGUAUCUGCUGUUCCGAAACAAGGUUGCGGUCGAGGAGCACGAGCGGGAAAAAUACCACCAGUCGUGGGACAAGUCUACCAUCACCUGCCGAAGUGUCCUCGAUACGAUAUCACGGCUGGCCCCUCACGAAACCCACCAAACUGCGACUCUCUACCAAGUCCGAAGCCAAGUGCUUGAGCUCUGCCGGCCCUUGGGUGACGCCGCGGCCAUGAUCGUCACCAACAAGGGCAUCAUCGCAGCCCAGCGCGAAGUCCUUAAGGCCGCAGAACAGAAAAUCGAGAAGCUCGACGAAAUCCUGAACGCCAAGUUUGACGUUCCGGUCAAGCGUCCUUUGAGCCCAAACCACCGAAUAACCGUGUGCAUAAACCUUAGCUGUGUUCAGCACUACCAAGAUGACUCUGGAAAUACCUUCACCAAGCAUAUCACCAGAUGCCAUGACCCUUGCCAUCUGUAUCAAGUCGUUUGCCAGGUCAUAGGCGACCCGAUUCUGGAGCAUUGCGCCGCCAUGCGGAACGGCGAUUGCAGGGGCUGCGGCCAUAGCUUCCGCGAGCACAUGCACACUGACUGGGAGCUUGCCUUCGAAACCAAGCCCAUCAUCAACGUGAAGUUGCAGGAGGAGAUUCAGGAAAAGCGAAGCAAUGUGGCCAAAAUCGAGCGCUUGAUUCAGGAGCUGGAGGCCCAUCAAGCAUUCCUCUCGCAGGAAGAACAGCGGAUCAUGGAAAUCAGCGCCAAAUUUGCAGUGUUCGUGAAGCACAACGGCAUCGUUCUCUACAACGACGCCAUGCCCGACUAUCUCGACCACCUCAUAAAAGAUACCCAACAAUCGUCCGCGGGCACAGCCGAAGCACGCAAAGAAAAGAUCAAAGGACUCGAGAGGCUCAAAUUGAUAUACGACGCCGAGCGCAGGCUUCUUGUUGAAGGAAUCAGCAACGACAGCUCAGAGCCGCCAAGUGUGAACGAAAUCCGAGCGUUGAUGAGCCAGCUUGGUGACUUGCAGUUCUCUGGCCAGUUUUUCAAGAGCUUCAGCUCACCGAACGACGCGACGCACAUCGGGUCGAACAACGGGGCGAAUAUCAAGGCGAGCAAUGGAACGCACAUCGGAGCGAACGGCGGCGGUGUUCCCAUGCAGUACUCGACGUCAGAGCCGACUCCUUCCCGGCCAUCAAUCAGUGCCAUAAAUGCUCCUCAAGCCCAUCUGCCCACCCCGGCAAUAAGGCCCCUGGCGCCAUACACCCCUAUUUACGAUAAACCCAGGGUCGGUGUCAAAGAAUUCUUCUCCAAGUUCAAGUUUUCACGCUCCUAG